AGAUGCGGGACUGCGGGUCGUGUCGGGAAGUCCCGCGGCCCCUUUGCUCCCAGGGUGCAACUCUCUGGGACUGACAGGGUCAGGCAGCGGGUCCAGUGAGCAGUGGCAGGUGUAGUAGUUCUACCUCCAGUGAUGACCCAGACCAGGGACUCGUCCGAGGUCACCAGCCAACUGAAGGCGAAAGCCUUAAAAUAUGGCUGAGAGCCAUGGACUUUCCUAGCACCCUGCUGUGUGAUCCAGGGUAAUAGUCACUCCAGAACCUUCUAUUUCCUUCUUUGUAAACCGGGGGUAUAGGGUGUUUAGGGACCUGUGGGGAAUUGUCUAAACCCUAAGUGUAGAGGCUGGGUGAGGGCCAGGGAAUAUCCCUCCAGCCUGCUCUGGGCAGCUCUCAGGUCCCUUUGUACCAUUUUACAGAUAAGACAAUCCAGGUUCGAGAGGCCCGAGGGAUGGACACAUGCCCCCAAGAGUCCAGACAGUGUUGGUCUCUGCAGUUACUUCUGGAAUAUGCCUGGAUACAACAACAUGUCUGAAUGUUUGGCCGAUGCCAUGUGCCAGCGCUGCCAGGCCCGGUUUGCCCCCACAGAGCGCAUCGUCAACAGUAACGGGGAACUCUACCACGAGCACUGUUUUGUGUGUGCACAGUGUUUCCGGCCAUUCCCCGAGGGGCUCUUCUAUGAGUUUGAGGGCCGGAAGUACUGCGAACAUGACUUCCAAAUGCUGUUUGCUCCAUGCUGCGGAUUCUGCGGGGAGUUUGUCAUCGGACGGGUGAUCAAGGCCAUGAACGCCAACUGGCACCCGGGCUGCUUCCGCUGUGAGCUGUGUGACGUGGAGCUGGCUGACCUGGGCUUUGUGAAGAACGCAGGCAGGCACCUCUGCCGGCCUUGCCACAACCGCGAGAAAGCCAAGGGCCUCGGCAAAUUCAUCUGCCAGAGGUGUCACCUAGCCAUUGAUGAACAGCCUGUCAUGUUCAAGAACGAUCCUUUCCACCCGGAUCACUUCAGCUGCUCCCACUGUGGGAAGGAGCUGACCUCCGAUGCCCGGGAGCUGAAGGGCGAGCUCUACUGCCUGCCUUGCCACGACAAGAUGGGCAUUCCCAUCUGUGGGGCCUGCCGCCGGCCCAUUGAGGGCCGUGUGGUCAAUGCGCUGGGCAAGCAGUGGCACGUGGAGCAUUUUGUCUGUGCCAAGUGUGAGAAGCCAUUCCUGGGGCACCGGCACUAUGAGAAGAAGGGCCUGGCCUACUGUGAGACCCACUACAACCAGCUCUUUGGGGAUGUCUGCUACAACUGCAGUCACGUGAUUGAGGGUGACGUGGUGUCAGCCCUCAGCAAAGCCUGGUGUGUGAACUGCUUCUCCUGUUCCACCUGCAACAUGAAGCUCACUCUGAAGAACAAGUUUGUGGAGUUCGAUAUGAAACCCGUGUGUAAAAGGUGCUAUGAAAGGUUCCCCCUGGAGCUAAAAAAGAGGCUGAAGAAGCUAUCUGACCUGUCUGCCCGCAAGGCCCAGCCCAAGUCUGUGGACAUCAACUCGGUGUAAAGGUCGCGGGCCUCACCCUCCUGUCCCAUUCCUGCUCGCCACCUCCCGUUUCUGCUCC